AGCGGAGGUGGUUCCAUGACGGUCAGGGCAGCUGCAGCCUCUCUGCACGGCAACGAAACGCUCCGUAUUUUGGGCGCUUGGACUAAUCGCCCUGAUCCGCACGACUCCCUUCUCCCGUUCUCCAGCCUCGGUCACCUCGCCUGGAACAUGACGCUAAACGCGAGCGGACGGCAGGUGCGAGCCGCAUCCGAUGGAGCCCCGCUUCCCACCGCCUCCAUCGAGCAAGCCGAUGUAGCCCUUCCUCAUGUUGCGGUCUCAGCUGACAGAUUCUGAUAUGGACUAUGAGAGGCCAAACGUUGAGACUAUCAAGUGUGUGGUGGUGGGAGACAAUGCAGUCGGGAAGACCCGCCUUAUCUGUGCCCGAGCCUGCAAUGCCACACUGACUCAGUACCAGUUACUCGCCACACAUGUGCCCACAGUCUGGGCAAUUGACCAGUACAGAGUUUGCCAGGAGGUACUAGAGCGCUCUAGAGAUGUAGUUGAUGAUGUCAGCGUGUCCCUUCGGCUCUGGGACACGUUUGGAGACCAUCACAAGGACCGACGUUUUGCAUAUGGCAGGUCCGAUGUGGUGGUACUGUGCUUCUCAAUCGCCAAUCCCAACUCUCUGUACCAUGUGAAGACCAUGUGGUACCCCGAGAUCAAACACUUCUGCCCCCGCGCUCCUGUCAUCUUGGUGGGCUGUCAGCUGGACCUGCGCUACGCUGACCUGGAGGCAGUCAACAGGGCGCGGAGGCCUUUAGCUCGACCCAUUAAAUCGAAUGAGAUUCUUCCUCCAGAGAGAGGUCGGGAGGUGGCCAAAGAGUUGGGAGUGCCCUAUUACGAAACCAGUGUCGUGGCUCAGUUCGGAGUCAAGGACGUCUUUGACAAUGCUAUCCGAGCUGCGCUCAUAUCACGCCGACACCUGCAGUUUUGGAAAUCUCACCUCAGAAACGUGCAGCGACCUCUCCUUCAGGCACCCUUCCUGCCGCCAAAACCUCCCCCACCUAUAAUCACUGUGCCUCCUCCCCCAACCACCACAGAGGAGCAUCCAGUCGGCCUGCUGGAGGACCCACACUGUGCCGACGUCAUUCUGGUUUUGCAGGAGCGACAAAAAAUCUUUGCACACAAGAUAUACCUGGCGACUUCCUCUUCAAAGUUCUACGACCUCUUCAUUAUGACCACGCAAAAUGAAGAGAACGAAAGGCCCACUCGCGGUCCUCUCUCUGGCAGAGAGCUGCUGAUGCGCGCUGCUAGCUUCGAUGUUUGCGAGAGCUUCGAUGAGGGAGACCGGGCCAACCUGAGGAACUGCACUAGCGACGGGACCUUGAAGGACUCACAGGGGGGCCGGAGGGGCAAGCUGCUCUCCUCGUGGAGCCGAGCCUUCGUCAGCAUCCAGGAGGAGGUGGUCGACGACCCUCUAACAUACUGCCCAAGGCCCAUGACUGUUGUGCACAUGGACCCGUCCAUGCAGCUGGGUCCUUUCCGAGCAGUGCUGCGCUACCUGUACACAGGUCAGCUGGACGAGAAUGAGAAAGAGUUAAUGCACAUUGCACACAUUGCUGAGCUGCUGGAGGUCUUUGACCUGCGGAUGAUGGUGGCAAACAUACUUAACAAUGAAGCCUUCAUGAACCAAGAAAUCACCAAAGCCUUCCAUGUACGGCGCACAAACAGAGUCAAAGAGUGCUUGGCUAAAGGCACCUUCUCUGACGUAGUAUUCAAGCUAGACGAUGGAACGAUCAUGGCUCACAAACCGCUGCUCAUCUCUAGUUGUGACUGGAUGGCAGCUAUGUUCGGCGGGCCUUUUGUGGAGAGCUGCACAAAAGAGGUGCUGUUUCCCAACACUACUCGCAGCUGUAUGAGGGCUGUGCUGGAAUAUCUCUACACAGGGCGGUUUUGCUCUCGGACUGACUUGGAUGCAAUGGAGCUGAUUGUUCUUGCCAAUCGUCUUUGCCUCCCCCACCUGGUUGCACUUACAGAACUCUACACAGUAACAGUGUUGACGGAGGCAGCAAUGAUGGGAGCUGACAUUGAUGGAGAUGUGCUGGUGUACUUGGAUAUGGCCCAGUUCCACGGAGCGCAGCAGCUUACAGGCUGGUGUCUUCACCACAUCUGCACCAACUACAACAGCGUCUGCCGCAAGUUUCCCCGAGACAUGAAGUCAAAGUCUACAGAGAACCAAGAAUACUUUGAGAAACACCGCUGGCCCCCCGUGUGGUACCUCAAAGAGGACGACCACUACCAAAGAGCCCGGAAAGAGCGCGACAAGGAGGACUACCUGUACCAGAGGCGCCAGUGCAAACGCAAGUGGAUUUUCUGGAACCUUCCCUCCUCCCCCAACUCGAACUCUUCCUCCCCUGGCUCGUCCGCCGUCAUCUGAGUGAGCGGUAAGGCCGGGUCCACGCUGGAGUCCCCUCAGCGCGGAUGUGACUUGUAACAGAUACAAUAGAAGAUAAGCACUGCUGACUAGAUCCGCCCCCAGUUAUUCAGGCGCACAGUUUCUCCUUCUCCGGUUUGUUUGCAGCACUCCUACAUUAAGGUCAGCUCAAUCUGGCAGUUUUAGUCGAGCUUUGUUCCUUGUAUUUUUAGCUCGGUGUACAUGACACUCAGACCUCAGUGAUAUGAGCCUCACUGACAAAUGGCACAGUGUGACCGGCGCAAACAACAAUCCACAUCGAUCGUUUUGUGUUCCACCAUCUGAGUUUAAAGUAAUAGCACUCUGCUGGCACAGAACCUUCCACCUGUGGUCAUGACUAUCAUCAGUCAACCUGAACUGAUAACCAAGUGCUGCUUAUCAUCUGCAACAACCAGCAACUCAACACAGAAAUUAAGUCUCAGAGAUAUAACACUUUGCCCUUAAGUGUUUGUACAAUCUACCAAACUGCGUGUACAGUAUGAUCCCAUCAACUAAAUGCAUCAAUAGUAUAGCCUGCCAGGAAUCACGUACUGAACUCUUCCACUCUUACCAUUCUGAUUAUCAUCCUGUAUGCAUAAAUGAAAAUACAGGCAAGAUGUAUUUCUGUCCAGCUCUUGUGUUUUUGAAUGUUUGUGUACGGCUUGCACAACUGAGAGCGGUGGGUCUGGACACACUCGGUAUUCAUGAUCUAUCAUGAGUUUGUGAUUUGUCGCCUCUUGUCACAAAAGGGCUUUAGUUUACAUGAAUGCGUUCAGUAUCCGGAGACACCAGAGAUCCCAAAUUGAGGAAAAUAUCUGUUUUUUCAGUGAAACGCCAGCAAACACCAACCAUUAUUAUUUCCCCUGUGUUGCUGGAUUAGGCGUGUUUGGCGCCACAUGUUUUUCCUGGGUCGUUCAGCUUGGCAUUGAAUAGUCCGAGCAGCCUAAUAGCUACUCAUGAUGCAUCUCAGACGCAACAGCAGCAUCUCCGGAGCUGAAGUGACCACGUGUACAUUACCAAUCCUCUGUGACAAAGUGUGUGACCUAUCUCAAACCUUGUGGGGACUUCUCUUGGUUGAUCGGAGGAUCCCCAAGACUCGUACAUGCAGGAAGCUUCGUCACGCCUGGGUGAGGUCAUCCAUGUUCUUCUACACAUCUCAAGCACUUUCUUGGACUCUUCUACGACAGAGACACACACAAAACCCUCCAGUAGCAGCAUCCUGGUGAACGGCACUGAGGACACUAUUGUGCCAUGACACGUUGUGGAAAUGAAAAAAAAAAGGAAUUUGGGAGGAUUAUGGUGUUUUCGAAUGUUCUGAAAUACUGUCAAGCAGUUUAACUCAAAUCCUUUGUGUUGAUUUGUUUUGCACACGUCAAAGUAUAUGUUCAAGAUUGUCAUCUCAUAUUGGACUUGAUUGUAGGAUGGAGUGCAGAAAUGUUCAGAUUUGUAUGGUGCUCAGUGAAGCUGGGUCGUAUUGUACAUUUAAAAAAAAACAAACAGAUGAACCGCAAGUAACUUGCUUCGCUCUCAUGCACAGUUACGUAAUAUUGUGCACUGCAGGCAGUGAGCAGUAUCGCACAGUAUUACUGAGUAAUACAUAUAGUGAAUAUAGACUUGACUCGUCCGACUCGCGUUUAGUUACAUUGCAGCUACACACUGUUGUUGAAAAUAACUUAAUACUCAUCGUGGGGACCUCCCAGUUACAUCUAUUAUAUGCUGUAGUAUAAGUGCAAAUUACUGGUAGUUCAUAUGAAGAGUCGACUCAUAGUAAAGUAGGAUUAGAGGUAAAGUAGACACAUGUUUGUAUAAAUGACAUUAUAAAGACAUACAUGAAACAUACCAUUGUCAUCAAAAGAGUCAGUUCUUGUUGCAGCAUCUGCUUUUGCAGCAUUUGUUAAAUAAAAGCUUGCUUUUAAUACUGCAUAGGAUUGGUUACACUUUUCGAUACAGGGUCCGACAAGACACAUAUUAGACAGAGCCCAUCAAAAAGCUGAGAAAUGCUGAUGGGCUAUUAAUCAAAUCAGUGACAGAAAACAAAUUUUCUUGCUUGUGAUAACUCCUGACCUAACUACAUUGCAUGAACAGGGAUGAAGUUUAGUCAUCAUCAUUGAAAGUGCACGCUACAGACAAGUGAUGGUGCUGGUGCUCUAAGCAGUAGCUUUAAAUUGUUCUUGAUAACAUUCACUUUGUCUGUUGCUAAUUCAUUAAACACAGCAACCGUCUUUUGAAGGUUUUAAUUGUUCAAAUCUUUUUUGGCACACAUUGUCAGACAUUAGGCAAAGGGAGCAUGGUACACUUUUAGAUCCAGCUUUAUUCUAAUCCUUAAUGUUUGGAUUCAUCAAUAUGCUACAUUCGAAUUAAUUACUUAAUAAACAAUAAGGCCCAGUUUUCAUGUUAAAUAAGGUUUAUUAUAAUAUCUAUACCAAGAGGGUCAGUGCUGCUAUAAUUUGCCUUGGUGUGAUAGAUGAAGUUCAUAGAUGUGAAUUUCAUUCCUCAGUGCACUGCAUUUCUCAAUGAAUCCACUGCUGAUGUUUUGCAUCAACGCCACCUCAUGCCUUAAUGUACAGUGUAGUGUAUGGCAUUGAAUGUAAUGUAGUGCUACAAUGGUCAGUAGUUUGUCUGCUAUAUGUUAAGUUACCAUGGUGCUCUCAGUGUGUGUAUCAGUAAAUGUAGGUUUUCCAUAAUUUGGACGUUAAGCGUCGGAUUAAAUGUUUUAAGCCGAAUAGACAAAACUAAUUAAAGACUGAUCUGACCAUCCUCAACUAACACAAGGACAAAUCAUAGAUUUGUGAUAUUAUAACCAUGAAAUUAAUGCAGGGAUUUAGUUGUUUUAUUCAAAGCUGCUUUAUGCUGAUGAGUCAGCACAGUUACAACAUGCUGAGACAGUGUGGCCAUUGGCAGUUAGAACUCAAACAUGUAAAUAUAAAUUGUAGGCUGCUAAUCAAACUUGGCAGAUUGAUCGAUAUAAGCUAUUGCAUAGUUUAAGUAGGUAGUGUUUUGUACUAUGCAUACAGAUAUGUCUGACUUUGAAACUUGCACUGCUUUGUAGCACCAGGUUCGAUUCAAUUUGCAUUAGAUGGUCUUGCAACAUCAUCAGGUGGGCAAACAACAUCAGGUAAAAAAAGGAAAUACACCGAUUAGAUCAUAAAUUACAAAGAUGUUGACACUGGGGCCCUUCUCCAUAUGUUUGGGUGCUAAUAUCACCGCUGCAGACAAGCACAAACCAAAGGGAGCUUUAGCAGCACUAGGAAUAUAUUAUGUAUGCUGCACAAUCACUUCUGCAUAGUUUAAGAGGCCUUGUUCUGAAAUGGUUGUAAAUUCAAUGAAAAAGAGACAAAAUAAAAAAACAAUAAAGAAAAAUAAAAAAAACUUGAAUGUUUUCUCAGUGUUCUAAGCCUAGAUGACGUUUUCCCAAGUCAUCAGGUGUUUUUGUUCUGAAGAGCUGUUUUUAUUGUUUAGGAGCUGUAAAUCUGAAAUUGUGUAGCAUGUGUUCUUGAAAAUGUGGAAAUAAUAUUUACUAAAUAAAAAUGGAGCAACGUG